GUCUUCUCUCCUUAGGCUCCUCUUGGCUUGGACAGUUUCUCAGACUUUCCUUAUUUAUAAUGAUGUUGACAGUUGUGAAGAAUGGUGAUCAGGUAUAUCAAAGGAAGCUCUUCUACUGAAAUUUGUCUGAUAUUUUACUCAUGAUUAGACUCGGUUAUGGGUUUAUGAGAGGAAGAUCACAGAGGUAAAGUGCCAUUUUCAUCACAUCAUAUCAAGGGCUAUGGCAGGAAUGAAGUCCAUCUUCUAUAAUACUCCAGUUUGUAGAUUCUUCCAUAAAGAAGGAUGUUGCCCGUCUGUCAUCGAGUUUCACCUCAUUCAUCCCAGCUCCUUCUGGGUGUGCUUUCUGAGGAGGAGCACCCACAAAUGCGUGCUAGGAACAUCAUGGUGGUCCAUGAGCUUGUGUGUGUGGGUGAAGGACUGAUUUGGAGAAGAAUGUCUCUGUGACAAUGCUGAUAAAACCAGACCCACAGAAUGGGGUAAGCAGGGGUCUCCAAGCUGAGUGCUGGGCUGCAUGCUGGAGUAUGAAAGUAAUUCAGGUUUUGAAGGUGUGGAAUGGAAGGACUCCCUCUCUCAGUGGUUCAAGGCCAUGGCUGGGUUGACUAGAAAGGAGGAUGGGCCUGUGAGUGGCAUAGCCUCCCUCCAGGCACAGCCAGGGUGGGAGACAGGCCGGGCAUGCUGGGCCAGGCUAGUUGGGAUUAAGCUGUGUGUUUUUCACUUUUUUUUUUUUAAAUUCCUCUCAGGUUUCUUUAUACCCUCUCUAAGAUUCAGACAUCUAAACAACCCCAGGAUGGGGAGAAGGACAUGAUGACCAGUGUUGAUGACCUUUGGGUGCCCCUUCCUCACAGGCUGUCUAUGGUCUGAGGUCUGUUUACAGAACUAGACAAUGUUAGGAAAGCCUCCAGGUUAAACAAUAAAGAGGCAGCUCCUUCAGAGCCGGGAAUUGUCUUAAAUAAGAACAUAGAAAAAGAAAAAAACAAGAAAAUAUCAAGUUCUGAACCAGUGGGUAGAUUACUGCUUCAGAGUAUUUAUACACUAAAUAUGCAACCAUUUUCUUGAGUUAAAACCCUAUGACAGUCUUAUUAUAUGUAAUAAUUUUAAUAGCAAAGAAAGCUGUGGGUAGAACCUAAAUUUUCUGUCAGGCAAAGGUAAAAAUGUGAAGUUUUUAGAAUUUGUAGUUGCCUUGAAUCACAGAGAUUGGAGAGGGGUAGAAGUGGAGACAUUAAUAUUUCCCACAAUUUUGGACAUAAGGAGAAGCAAUUUUCUUAUCUAAUCAGCAAAGAUAAGCUUAACUUAUUCCUGUAUCUCUAAGUCAUUUAGCCCUGCAAAUGACUGCUAAACCUCUAAGUUUAGCCCUGCAAAUUUGCUGAUGAGCAGUUUUAAUAAAGCUUCUCAGCAGUUCUUUCUACUGGAGUAUGAAAGUAAUCCAGGUAUCUGAAGGCGUGAAAUGGAAGGACUCCAUCUCUCAGGGGUUCAGAUGGAUGUUAAGGUCCUGGCCAUGAUUAACUGGCCCAGGAGUGUAUCCAUCCUCUCUAUACAUUCAGGCCAUAUGACAUAGUUUGGCUGAAAUCCAGAUGUCCACGGACUCCAGAGUUAGCUUUUUCUUAAGGAAAUGCUUACAUGAAACUGGACCAGGAUACAGCAAAGACCAAGGGAAGAAAGAAAGCUUGACGUACAUGACUGCAAUAUUCUGCAAAAUCAGACUUCAACUUCUGUUCAGCUUCUCCUUGGAGCUGAAAAUUCCUGAAGUCUCUUCCUGAGAGGCAACCGCGUGAAUACUAUAUUCUCUGACAAUUUCCAACACAAUUCCAUUUAAGGUUAUGUGACAAGGCUGUAUGAUAAGGUUGUGUGUGGGAGUGGGCAUUUUAUGCCUGUGUGUAACAUUGUCACUUGGCUUUGCAAAGUCAGAAAUUCCCUGCAUAUCCACCGGAGAAGAUAAUCCAGCAUGUGGCAGGUCAAGUAAAUGCCAUCCCUUCCUCUCUAUUCCUGCCUCAUUCUUUUUCCCACACUUUAGUUCACUAAGUUGUAAGUGUCUGAAAUCAUUCUUGGUGAAUAAUGCUGGACCACUCUGAAAACUUGUGGCUGAGGGCUGGACCCUCGUCAUCGCCACACACUUUGUCACCGAGACAGGUAACCCAUGGUUACUGAGCUCAGAUCAGUUAAGGGGCAGAGAGCCUCCGCUCCUCACUGCUCUAUAAAAGAGACCCAGCAAAGGGCCCCUACCAGCUUCUAGCUCUCAGCCUGGGUGAGCCUGGGAAGCAAAGCCUGAGACCUCCGGAGCCAGAAGACCAGCUGCAGCGGCAGGGCCGGCAUGGCCCCCACUUUCAAACUUCAGGGUCACUUCGUUCUGAUCUGCCUGCUGGCUCUACGAGGAGAGAGCCGGUACCUGGAGCUGCGGGAAGCAGUGGACCACGACCCUUUUGCACACCUCGGCGGCGGCGGCGCCAGCCCGAAGCGGGAGCUGGAGGGGGCGCCGCUGUACCGCCGCGCCCUGCGGUGCGUGGACAUGCUGAGCCUCCAGGGCCAGUUCACCUUCACCGCCGACCGGCCGCAGCUACACUGCGCCACAUUCUUCAUCGCAGAGCCGGAGGAGUUCAUCACCAUCCGCUACGAUCUGGUCUCCAUCGACUGUCAGAGGGGGGACAUCCUGCAGGUAUUUGAUGGUUGGAUUCUCAAGGGGGAGAAAUUCCCCAGUUCCCAGGAUCACCCUCUCCCCACGACUGAGAGGUACAUAGAUUUCUGUGAGAGUGGUCUUAGCAGAAGGAGCAUCAGAUCCUCCCAGAACGUGGCCAUGAUCUUCUUCCGGAUCCAUGAGCCAGGAAAUGGAUUCACAAUAACCAUGACGACAGAUCCUAACCUUUUCCCCUGCAAUAUCAUCUCCCAGACCCCAAAUGGAAGGUUUACACUGGUCGUGCCACAUCUGCAUCGCAACUGCAGCUUCUCCAUCAUUUAUCCUGUGGCGAUCAAAAUAUCCGAUCUCACCCUGGGACACUUAAAUGGUUUGCAGUUAAAGAAGUCCUCCGCAGGCUGUGGGGGAGUAGGAGACUUUGUGGAGCUGCUGGGAGGAACUGGUUUGGACCCUUCCAAGAUGCUGCUUUUAGCUGAUCUCUGCUACCCUUUACGUGGCCCAGCCCAGAUGAAAGUUGGCUGUGACCACACGGUGGUGCGCAUGGUCUCCAGUGGAAAACAUAUAAAUCGUGUGACUUUUGAGUAUCGUCAGCUGGAACCAUACGAGCUGGAAAACCCGAAUGGAAACAGCAUCCAGGAAUUCUGUCUGUCUACUCUUUGAAUAAACAAGUCAGUGAUUUCCAUGCUUCUUGCUAAGGGAGUCUCUAAUGGCUAUUAUAUAUGAUUUUGAUGAGCAGCUAGUUAAGAACCUUUCAUACCAGUCAGUAUUCCUAACUUUGAGCACCUAUCACACAGACUAAUUUUUGUACUUUGCUUCUUUUUCAUUUGUUAUAUAAAUGACCACAUGGCAGAAAAUAAGCCCCUCUCCCUUGGUAGAAAAAGUGUCCUGUAAUUCUUUUAUAUGCUAUCAACCUGAACUAGUAAGACAAGUGCAAAGAAAUGUGCAAUAAUAAUUGUAUCACAAGGGAAAAUCCUACAAAGAAAUAAAAAUGAUGGCGUUAUCAGUUUUAUAACAGAAAAUGCAUGCCUGUGUAUACCAAAGUAGUAGCAUUUGUUUAUUUUCUGCUUAUUCUGUUUAUAGUAGAGAGUAGGUGUAGCUGGUAUUAUUUAUUGAUUUGUAACAGCUUGUUUUUAACAAACAUUUGUAGCAUGGAAAACAUUUUGCAAUCGUAAAUACAAGCAUGAAUAAACAUAUUCAGAAUGUUGGUGCCUCAGCAUCCUGCUUCGUUUACCUGAGUAGUUGCUUACCUUACUACC